AGGCGCGUCGGGGAAGCGAUGGCGGCGGCGGUGUCGCUGCUGGGCAGGGCCGCGGCUCUGCUGGGCGGCGCGCAGCGGCUCCUCAGGGGCUGCGGCGUCGGCGGCUCGGUGGAGAGGUGCCUGUCCCGGGGAAUCAGCUCGGAUCAGCGCCCGAAGCGGCCCCUGACGGCCUAUUUCCGCUUCCUGAAAGAUAAUCAUUCUGCUUUUAAACAGAAAAAUCCAGAAAUUAGCAACAUGGAGCUGGUUAAAAAAAUAGCAGGUGCUUGGAAGGAGUUGCCAGCAUCACAGAAGCAGGUUUAUGAGGAAGCCAGGAAGACAGACUGGCAAAAGUAUCAACAACAGUUGGCUGCAUAUAAAGCACAGCUCACUCCAGCCCAGGCUGCAGCUUUGAGAGAAGAAAGAAGAAAACGACUGGCAAAAAGAAGAUCAUUCAGGGCAAAAAGAGAACUGACUGUGCUUGGAAAACCUAAAAGACCUCGUAGUGGCUUUAACAUUUAUGUGUCAGAAAACUUUCAAGAAACUGAGGGAAUUUCACCUACGGCAAAGCUGAAGCAAUUAUUUGAUGCAUGGCAAAAACUGUCCAGUUCUCAGAAACAGCCCUACCUGCAGCUUGCUGAAGAUGAUAAGGUUCGGUAUGCAAAUGAAAUGAAGUCAUGGGAAGCAAAAAUGGUUGAACUUGGACGUGAAGACCUGGUACGUUCCAAAGAGCAGAAGCCAAAAAAGGAAGCUGCAAAGAAAGCUGGAACAGCCAAAGCUUCCUCACGAGAAAAAAAGGCAAAAUUGAAAUCAAAAAAAUCAGAAGAAUAAAACGGUUAAGUAUUUUAUAUUUAAUGUCCUUUGGCUGUCGUGUCCUUACCUGCUGUGCUAGUGCUGCAGUCAGCAUUAGCACUGAAAUUUGCAAAGCCUGGGAAGGGCCCGCUGGAGAGGUAGAAAAGAUGAUCAGGUAAGAGAGGAUUUGGUGUCUCUUGGAACGGACUGAAAUAAUCAUUGCAGGUGCAGCCUGAACUGUACAAUAACAGGUUAAUCAAGCUGUGAACACUGACAUCAGCAGAGCUCUCCAAUAAUGGUAGAUAACUGCUUUUCUAAGAUACUUUUUUAUGAAAGCCCGAGUAUUCUACAAUGUUACCAUCUAAAUAGGAAAUUAAAUCUGAGUUAACGCUGAUGUGUUUUAUUCCCUCCAUGGUAUUGAUAGUGAAAUGUUCUGCAUUUCAACAGAAGGUAAAAGAAAUACAUAAUACUAACUUGUAUUCUAUGCAUCUGUCCUUUUUGUACGUUUCAAUCUGUGUAUACCACUUGUGCUGCAUUUAAUUAAAGACCAUAUGUGUUUUGUAUAAACAUGCCUUUAUUGGACUUUUAUUCCAUAUUUUUUGUUUGGAUACAUGCAGGCACUUUUGCCUUCCUGUUUUAUUCUGGACAGCCUGAAUGUGUGAACUGCUAGAACAUCAGGUUUUGAUGCAAUAAAUACAGGUAUUUUGAA